AUGAAGCUUCGCGUCCGCCAGGACUGUAAGGAUUCGCUCCGGAUCCUGUGGUCUCCGAGUCGGUGGUUCGACGUCUACUGGCCGGCCUCGCGCAAGUACUGGUUUUCCCUAUUGUUCAUCGGCGUGAUAUGUGCCAAAGCUCUCCGCAUCUACUCGCAUCUGAACUCCUUAACGCUGGACCGCUUCCUACUAUGGGGUUCCACCUUUUUCCUGCAAGAUAUCUUGUGCAUUCUUAUCGCACACUUUCUCUGCCAGGACUUUUCCGCUAGAUGGGUGCGUGUCUUCGUAGCUUUGGUGACGAUUCUAGUCAGUCUGUCGAUCUCGAUUCUGGCGGCGGCCAACAUCUCCUUCUACACCCAAACGGGCGCGGAAGUCCAUUGGCGACAAGCCCACAACUUCCACCGGGAUGCAGCCUCCAUCAAGACCCUGCUGACGGGGCUGACUGGCGUCGUCAUUUGUCAGAUUCUGUUUAGUGCUCUGGCUUGGAUAUCGACUCCUCAUUUAUACAACUUCGUGCGAAGAGGGGUGUACGCUUUGACGUCAAUACCGGCGCUCUUAAUGGGCUGGAGACGAAAUGCCGGCCCAAAGUCAUACGACGACGUGCCCGUCAAGGAUUGGGAUGAAGAGGACGGCAGUGACAACGAUUUAGACCGAACAGGGCUCUUCUCCUCGAGGAAAUCGGCACAGCAGACUUCCCCAUCACCGUUAGUUUGCAUACUGGUCGCCUCGGCUGGUGUCAUUAUCCUCCUGCUGCGCUGUCUUCGCCCGUCAGAUACGGCAUAUACCUUCCUUUCACAAACUGUGAUCAUGGCGCCCUUUGAGAAGCCUCCUACUCGCAGUCAACAGUCUUCUUUUGAUCUCCCGGACUUACCAGGCGACUACAGCUGGCUCUAUAACCAUACUGCGCUGGCCAAACCGCCCAAAUUGGAUUGGCUACCAGAAAAGGCAAUCGGAGGGUUCAGAGACUGGUAUGAAGGUUCCAACGACAAAUCCCCACAACAUUAUGAUCCAACCCAGAAUCCUCUGCAUAUUUCCAACCGUCAUCGCGACAUCCUCGAACCGUUGCGUGAAUCUCUGAAAUCCGUCAAUGUGAACAUCAAGCAUGUCUUCCUACUCAAGCUGGAAAGUACCCGAUACGAUGUUUUCCCUUUGCGCAAGGAAUCACAUGUUGCCGACCUCAUCCGCGAGUCAUACUCCGGUAACGAGAUCCCAGACGAUGUCGAAGGAAGACUGGCCAAUUUGACUCGCAAUGCUGAGAUGUUUACUGGCAUCCCGUCAGGCUUCAACUCUAAUGACAAACCACGCCAACCGUAUGGUGGUAUUACGUCUACGAACGCCUACACGGGUGGCACCUUCACCCUCAAAAGCAUUAUUGCUAGUGUCUGUGGUAUUUCACCCUUGGUGGUUGAUUUCAACCAUGAAUAUCUACACCAUUUCUACGAGCCUUGUAUGCCCCAGAUUCUGAACGCGUUGAAUCUGAUCCCCGCCAACUCCCACGAGGCUGCAGACCCGCAUGACUACACAACCUGGCCUUGGCACUCACACUUCAUGCAAAGCAUCACUGAUCAUUACGACAAUCAAAACUUUCUCACGCCCGCAAUGGGCUUCCAAAGCAAAGUGACAUCCAAGAACAUCACCAAAAAGUGGGAGAACAAACUUGGCAAUGGUCCCGAGAAGUUCAACUUUUGGGGUUAUCCUGAACAUGAAUUGCGGGAGUACUUCGUUGAGGCCAUCCAGAAGGCGGAGGCAGACCAUGAGCGGAUAUUUCUCACGCAUCUCACCGGACUGACGCAUCAUCCAUUCGAUCUCCCUGUGGGCGACGAAUACGAGGAAAUGAUUCAUCCCAACCUAUUCAGUCACAACGGCAAGAUCAACCGCUACCUGAACACUGUUGGUGUGGUGGAUGAGUGGCUCGGAGAGAUCAAGGAGGUCCUCCAAGAAACCGGGGUUGCAAAUGAGACCUUGGUUGUCAUGGUGGGCGACCACGGUCUUUCCACCAUCGAGGACGGUGGCGUUACGGCCUGCGACAAUCCCCAUGUUUCGAACUUUCAUGUUCCUCUUGUCUUCUCCCAUCCACACCUUCCCCAGAUUCAAAUCAACAACCGCGUCACCUCCCUACAGAUCCUGCCCACGAUUCUGGACCUAUUGGUUGAAUCUGCCUCAUUGGACGAAAAUUCCAGCCAAGCGAUCAAAGACCUUCUCCCCCUCUACGAAGGUCAGUCAAUGAUCCGCGACCUGGUCCUCGAAAAGGACGGGAUCCUGGACUGGCAAUUCACCGUCAUGAACACCGGAGCAACUUGGCUCGCCCUGCGCUCUGCAUCGAAACCAUAUCGUCUGGUCAUUCCUCUGGUUCCCGAAGUGGAAUGGCGAUUCACCGACGUCGAUGUCGAUCCGUACGAACUGCAUGCCCUGCAAUCUUUCAACUUGCUUGCCGUUUUGGAGCAGGUUGGAAAGGUUCAUGGUGAGGGGGCUGCUCAGUGGAUUAGGGAUGCGGCGCAUGUCGCUCAAUGGUGGGUUGCUGAAAAUUGGCGUCGUUAUGAAUUCGUGCCGGAGACUUGA